CCACAAGAGUAGCCAAAACCAAACACCACAAAACCAAAUAAAUCCAGCAAAUUCUCGGGAGAGAAGCCAUGAAAAUGUCGAAAUCUCAAAUCCUUCGAGCCUUAUUCAUCUCCAUAUUGCUUCAAAUCCUCAUCGUCUCUGCAACAAAUACUGUAAAUAGUAGCAAUCCACAACCAUUGCCUCUCCACAACAACAAGAACCAUCACCACCAUCACCACCAACAGCAACAGCAGCAACAACUACAACAACAACAGAAGUUGUCAUCGCCUCCAAACAACAGCAACAACCAACAACAACAACAGCAACAACAACAACAACAACACCAACAACAGCAACAAAAGUUGUCAUUAGAUGCACAGGAGUACCUCACCGCCCACAACGAAAUAAGGAGUAAGAAGGGAGUGGGGCCACUGCAAUGGGAUGAAAAGUUGGCCAAGUUUGCCCAAUCAUGGGCAGAGCAACGUGUAAACGAUUGCAACUCCAAACACCAUUCUGGUGGUCCUUACGGAGAGAACACCCUAUGGCUAAAAUAUGAUGAAUACUCUCCGGCGAGGGUGACCCAAGUGUGGGCCGAUGAGGAGAAGAACUAUGAUCAUCAAAAUCUUUUUUGCAAAUGCCAGCCUACAGAAACUAAAUGCAUGUGUGGCCAUUAUACCCAGGUUAUUUGGGGCAAUACACUGAGGGUGGGUUGUGGUAGUGCCACAUGUAACAAUGAGUUGGGUAUACUUUUUGUUUGUUCAUAUGAUCCACCAGGAAAUGAUCCGAAGGUGAACCCUUUUCAAAAACCCAACAACGGAGCCACGCCACAGUAGCCACCAACAACGCCACAGUUGUCACCAUCACCACCACAACCACCGAGUAAAUAGAAAACACAAAAUUUCACUACAAUUUAUUUAUUUAUCUUGUCAAAAGUGUUCUCAUCUUUGUUAGUAAUCACUCAUUUGUUUAAACUAAAGGAUCAUGUAUUAUUAUGACUCACAUUCAU